AUCGAUGAUCAACCAACCAAGACUACUAGGACUUGCAGAUUGAAUUGAACAGUCUAAAUUUACAUCUAUACCAUGGGAGAUUCAUCUGCUUACCUCAAUGUCCAAAUGAUUUAUACAAUCAUAUAAUUAAUAUACCUGAAAUGGAAGGUGAAACAAUAUGUCAUCAUAGUACAUAUUUAAGUACUAGUGAUUAUGAACUGAUAAUUCAGGACAAUGUGUAUCCAUUUCAAUACUUUAAUAAUUAUCCAUUUUCAAAUAACAAUCAACAAUUGGAGCAAGGAACGUCUGCAGGAAUUAUCGGACUAAGAAAGUCUUCAUCUUACUUUUCAUCGGUUAACGGUAGUAUUAUGCAUCGUAAACUAAAAAAUGAUCCAGUAAUAUUAAUUAUGAUACCACUAUGUAUUGUAUUAAUCGUAUUUGCUGUACUAGUUUUUAUAUGCUAUCGUUAUCGUUCAAAUCAACAAUACAUCAAAAAAUAUGAACACAGUCCACUGUUAUUGUUGAAAUUAUUGUUUUGCCCACUAUCAUUUAUUUCUAAGCGUUUUGUUUCCGAUAUAAGCAAUUAUAAAUAUAAAAAAGGUAAUCCUGUCAUAAAUUUAUCUCUUACGAAUUGUCAUUACAAGAAUAGAAAUGAUGAAAGUGGUACUGAAACUAAUUUAAUGCAAUAUCCAGGCACAGAGGAAAGUUUAUUAGGAAGAUCUAGUGUAACAGGUUCCCAUCGAUAUCCAAAUCAGAUUGUGAACGGACAGAAAGCACCGAAUCUAGGUAGAUUAGUCAUGAUCAACCUGGAUGACUUAUGCCUAAAUGAAAAAUCUGGUCCCUUGGGGACAGGUGCAUUCGGAGCAGUCUACCAAGGUAUUUGGAAAGUAUGCCAAACUGAUUAUCCAAAUUUACCAAAUAUAAAUUAUGUGAUUACAGCGAAUAAUGAAGAGGAGUUAAUGCUUAAAGUUAAUUCACAAAGCUCCCGCUCUUUGUUGACAACUCCAACUCCAAUGAAUGAAAUGAACGUGGUGUCUACAAAUCAAAUAGAUUCCAGUAAUAUUCAAGCAAAUGAAGUGCACACGUCAGCUACAGAGCAAUCAUCAGUUAUAAACCAGAAGAACAAUAAUACUAACGAAGAUAACAGUCAAACUAGUCAUAGCGUUACUACAACAUCUAAAGCAUCGACAGAGAAAUCUAAAAAGGAAUACAAACUACUAUGCGUUGCUGUGAAAAUUUUGAAUGAAGUUCGCGGGUCAAGUGAUCUACAAGCACUACUGGACGAAGCAAAAGUUAUGGCGUCUGUCUCUCACUAUCACUGCCUCCCACUUCUUGGAAUAUGUUUAUCUCAAUCAAGAAAAUGCUUAGUUUCAGCUUACGUAGUAAAUGGAAGUCUAGAUCGUUAUCUAAGACUGCGUGCCCCAAAUAUUGACUCCUCAACUCUUUUAGAUUGGGCAUCUCAGAUUGCCGAUGGAAUGGCAUACUUACAAUCUCGGGGAAUUAUCCAUCGUGAUUUGGCUACUCGAAAUGUCCUAGUUACAUCACCAGAACAUCUACAAAUUACAGAUUUUGGUUUAGCAAAAAUGCUGGAAAGUGAAGAAGAAGCUAAACGUAACGAAGUAAUUGUUUGUUCGGGACGCGUUCCUAUCCGUUGGUUAGCCUGUGAAACACUGACUCAUCGUAUUUACUCAUUCAAAACUGAUGUUUGGGCGUACGGUGUCACUAUUUGGGAGAUUUUCACAUUUGGGGAUAAACCAUUUGAUCGUAUAGAAACGGCCAACGUAAAAGAUCAUGUUUUAGCAGGUAGACGUCUUCCACAACCAGAUAUAUGCACACUCGAACUAUAUCAAGUUAUGUUAAAUUGUUGGAAUGAAAAUCCUGAUGCUCGACCAAAUUUCGUAGAACUGUAUAACAUGUUUAAGGAUUUCGCACGUCAACCACAUCUUUAUCUUCAUUCCAGAAAUGAAAGUAGUUCAAAUACGGAAGUGUACAGUAGCACUGGUGACACAAGAAGUCGUGCAACAAUUUAUCCAACUAGUCGGUUAUCUGGUGAACGUUUUCGACAACCAGAACAAACUGUUCCUUCAUUUCAGUCAAUGAAAUGUAGGAGUUCUUGUUCGCCUCUACAAAAUUCAAGUUCUAGUAGUGGAUUAACAAAUCGGCGCUUCGAUGUUGGUAGACGUACACGUACUAGUUUAUUACUACCUCCAACAGUCCUACAAGCUAAUCGUACUGGGAAAUAUCCGCGACAUAAACGACGUAGUGUUGGAGCUCGCACUGACUACACAAUGUCAGCAUCCAUAAGUAUAAACUCUGGGAUUGGUGAGCGUUGGGGUAAUUCAUCGUUUGCUACGCACAGUCACCCAACGUUAAUUAAAGUUGAUGAAGCAAAUGGAACAGGAAAUAUUAGCCAUAAUUUUAAGAUAAAUAGCAAUACAUCUGGAAAUAAUCGGAAUAAUGAACAGUUUAAUGUUGGCUUGUUUUCAACUGAUUCAUGGGCAAGUAGUGGACAACCCUUAUUAUCAAGUGACCAAGAAAGUUCAUUAAGCCAUCUAAUGUUGUCGAAUUUCGGUUACACAAGUAGUGAAAGCAGAAGCAGUAUGACAGUCAACUCCCCUGGCCAACAUAAUCGAAAUUUUUCAUCAACAGGUUCAUCAGUUCCAACGGAAUCAAGAAACUCAGAACAGCAAUCUGUAGAUGAACCCACGUCGAACACACAGAGAAUAGGACUUGACAUGAGAAGUGGUCUUCCAGUCAAUACAUCAUUCGAGGCUGCUGCAGGGUAUGUAUGGCCUCAGUGGCCCGAUGCCAUUCCUAAUCCAGAAAAUAACAAUUUAGACCAGGCUAAUUCAAGUGAAAUUUCUUAUGUCUUUAACGCAGUCGAUUCAGAAUCAGAAAACAAUUUACCAUUCCUUAACCGUCAACUUUGGCUUCGACGUAAUGCUCGUCGACGGCGUUAUUAUCUUAGACAACUGCAGAUUCACAGAAGCGUUGCUGAUUCCAGCUUGCCAGAACAAGCAGGUGAAGAUGCUAUGGAGGAAACUUCAAGUUGGGCAGAACCCUUGGGAUCAAAUCAGAGUAAUCCAAAUGGGCAACAAGAAGAUAGUGAUAGUGAUCCAGGUUCUGCUGAUCGAUACUGGCCCGAUCCAACAUAUUCUUCACAAAACGUGUAGCGUUAUACUAGUUUACUUUUUUCUAACUUUAUAUCUUUUUAUGAGCGAUUUUAUAAUCACAUUUUAAGUUUAAAAUGCCUUUUCUAAUUCAUGAUCUCAUCAGAUACAAAAAAACCUAUCAAGUGUCAACAUUUCGAAAUGUGUAAAUACCUCAUCCAUAUUUACUUUCGGUUAAAAUGAAUAUAUUAUAAACUGACUUUGUGCUUUAACUAGCGACUAUGCCAUUUUCGCAACUGAUUGCAUAAAAUUAAAACUCAUUCUUUUUGUAAAUGUAUCUUUCUGUGUGUUUAGGUUCAUAAUAUUUAUUUACCAAUCCCUAAAAAACAACAUGUUUAUGAAGAAUGACUUUAUCUGUAUUGUAAACUAACUAAGUUUACCGUAGUAUGCAUGGUUAAGAGUUAUUACAUGCUAAAAUCAACGCGUUAGUUUCUUAAAGUUUCAAAGAUAUGGGUGGAGAAAAUAUAAUGACUUGUUU